AUGGAAAUAGUAUCACAUUCUCUUGUCUCAGAAUUCUUCCUCAUGGGACUCUCAGAUAAUCCAGGACUGCAGCCCCUCCUCUUUGGGCUCUUCCUGUCCAUGUACCUGGUCAGUGUGCUUGGAAACCUGCUCAUCAUCCUGGUUGUCAGUUCUGACGCUCACCUCCACACCCCCAUGUACUUCUUCCUCUCCAACCUGUCCUUGGCUGACAUCGGAUUCAUCUCCACCACUGUCCCUAAGAUGAUUGUGGACAUCCAAACUCAGAGCAGAGUCAUCUCCUAUGUGGGCUGCCUGACUCAGAUGUCUUUUUUGAUCCUUUUUGGAUGUAUGGAUGGUAUGUUUCUGACUGCAAUGGCAUAUGACCGAUUUGUGGCCAUCUGCCAUCCUCUACACUACUCAGUCAUCAUGAACCCACAUCUCUGUGGCUUCUUAGUUUUGGUGUCCUUUUGUGUUAGCCUUUUGGACUCCCAGUUGCACAAUUUAAUCGUGUUGCAACUUACCUGUUUCAAGGAUGUGGAAAUUUCUAAUUUCUUCUGUGACCCUUCGCAACUCCUCAACCUUGCCUGCUCUGACACUUUCACCAAUAACGUAGUCAUGUAUUUUGUUGGUGUCAUCUCUGGCUUUCUCCCUAUGUCAGGGAUCUUUUUCUCUUACUAUAAAAUUGUUUCUUCCAUUCUGAGAAUCCCAUCAACAAGUGGGAAGUACAAAGCCUUCUCCACCUGUGGCUCUCACCUGUCAGUUGUUUGCUUAUUUUAUGGAACGGCUAUUGGAGUAUACCUUGGAUCAGCACUGUUGCCUUCUCCCAGGAAGGAUAUGGUGGCCUCAGUUGUGUACACUGUAGUCACCCCCAUGCUGAACCCCUUCAUUUACAGCUUGAGGAACAGGGACAUCAAGAGUGCCCUAUGGAGGUCACUCAGAAGACUAGGUUAA